AUGUUCACUUGGAUUAUAAUUUCUGGGUUGAUUGGCUGCAUUGGUUUUCCGCUUGUGAUUUGCAUUCUUGGAUUUACCGUGCAAGGAGUAAGGAGAAAGUCUUGCGCGUCUGGAGUACAGAGCACCUAUUAUCGUGGCGAAACAGGCGGAUGCUUUAGCUGCUGCCAGUCGUUAGGGACAAGCAUUUUUGUCAUGGUUAUAAUCGGAUUCGUUAUUGGCGCUGUUUCUGGAGGAUUUAUUGCACAUGGAGUUUACGAAAACCACCAUCCAUCGAAUGAAACUCUCACAUUUGAAAAAUUUUCAACUUGA